UUUUUUUUUUUUUUUUUCCCGUCAGCUCCCAGGUCCACCCCAGUGGGGACACGCUCAGGCGGCACUCCUGUCCCGUGCUCCCGCCCUCUUGCCUUUCAUUCCAGCCACCAAGAUCUUGGAAGCUUUGAAGCCCAGCAAAGAAGGGAAAUCCACUGAGAAGAGUCAGGAAAGGAAUCCCAAUCUUAAAAACAUUGAUUCAGGGACAAGAAGUUGUUGCAAGUGAUUCUUCUGAUAGAGCCAGGAAUUCACCUAUAUCUCCUUGACAAAUGAGGAAGGCAUCUUAAAACAUUUCAGAGAAGAGCACACACUCUCUUUGAAUUAUUGGAAGAGUAACAGCAGGAGAGGCAGACUGGUGCCCUGGGACAACCUGCUCGGUCACACAUCUGCAAGAACUCUCCAUCUUGCACUGAGGACCCCAAGGAGCUUUUACUGUGAGACCAUGUCAUUUAGAUUUGGCCAACAUCUCAUCAAGCCCUCUGUGGUUUUUCUCAAAACUGAACUGUCCUUCGCCCUGGUGAAUAGGAAACCCGUUGUACCUGGCCAUGUCCUCGUGUGCCCGCUGAGGCCAGUAGAGCGCUUCCGUGACCUACAUCCUGAUGAAGUGGCCGAUUUGUUUCAAGUGACCCAGAGAGUUGGGACAGUGGUGGAGAAGCAUUUCCAGGGGACCUCCAUCACCUUCUCCAUGCAAGAUGGUCCUGAAGCUGGGCAGACUGUGAAGCAUGUACAUGUCCACGUUCUUCCCAGGAAGGCAGGGGACUUCCCCCGGAAUGACAACAUCUAUGAUGAGCUCCAGAAACAUGACAGAGAAGAAGAGGACUCGCCAGCCUUUUGGAGAUCUGAGAAGGAGAUGGCUGCAGAGGCGGAGGCUCUGCGGGUCUACUUUCAGGCCUGAGAGUAACUCAAACGAUUCCCAAGGCAUAAGAAAAUGGACCCCAUUCUUCUGGAGUCUUCGACAUUGGAAAUGAAGCUAACCACUCUUUAUUGUACCCCACGACCCCACAGCCUUGUACAAAGAACUUUAUUGCAUGUGUGGAAGCCACUAGUAUUAUGCUUCCAUCACGAUGACAAAUAGGCUAGCUUCCCAAACAGUGGCAUUGACAGCCUGCCACCGUUCCUCAGUUCUGUACUUAGAAUAGUAACAUUUCCAAACUGUCCCUGAGCCUAGAUGAAAAUAAAGUGGUUGCUAAAAUAUU